AUCAUGCAAGAUCGACUCCUCCUUAAACGCAUUAGUCAUCAAUGGCCAGAUGUUUGGUAUAAAAUCAUUGACAGAUCUGCAGAAAAUCAUCAGUCUCACAACUGUUUCAAGCAACUCCUCUACUACUCCAACAUGAAGUACAUCAUCCUCGCUGCCCUCCUCGCCGUUGCUGCCGCUGAUUACUACAAGGCUGCAGACUAUGCCCCCAAGUACGAGGCCCCCAAAUACGAGGCUCCCAAGUACGAGGCCAAAUACGAGGAAGUCACCUACGCCCCUCAACCCUACAGCUUCGGCUAUGACGUCCAGGAUAAGGAAUCUUACAACGACUUCGACCACUCUGAGAAAUCCGAUUCCUACGGAGUCACCGGCUCCUACCGUGUCGUCCUCCCCGACGGUCGCACUCAACUCGUCACCUACAAGGCUGACUACUAUGGAUAUGUCGCUGAUGUGAAAUACGAAGGCGUUGCCCAGUACCCCGAAUACACGGAGACCAAAUACAAAGCCCCCGCCUACACUGCCCCAGCCUACCCUGCCCCAGCCUACAAAGCCCCUGAAUACAAAGCUCCCGCUUACCCUGCUCCAGCCUACAAGGCCCCUGAAUAUAAAGCUCCUGCCUACACCGCUCCAGCCUACAAAGCUCCCGAGUACAAAGCUCCAGCUGCCAAGACUACCGGAUACUCCGUCGCCCCAUCUUACGCCCCUGCUCCGGUCUACAAAGCCCCAGCUGCCUACCCCAAAUAUUAAUUUCACCGUCAAUCACGCACACUAUAUAACCAACAUGAUUAUUUAAAAGGAAAUAAAAAAGAAUUUAUUCAUUAA